AAGACCCUAAGACCCAGUCAGUGGUUAAAGGAGUAUAUGGUGCAGGUCUGCUAGUGUCUAAUGGUUCACUCUAGGACAAACUACUAGAAAAGAAAAAAAAUAACAGUAGAAAUUUGCCUGGAUGACUAGACAGAGACAUGUCUAUUGUACCAUAUUCCCUUCCAUUUUGCUGUUAUCUGCAUCUCUCUCUCUCUGUGAUAAGGAUCGAACCCAGGACCUUGGGUACUCCUACCAAUGAGCUGCAUUUUCAGACCCUGUUUCAUAUAUUUUUAUCCUUAAACUUUAAAAAAACAAACAAACAAAAAACUGCUCUUUCAACUUAGGGAAUGAACCAAACAGGAGUUCAUACUGAUGCCGUCCUGGCUUUUCUCCAAUGCAUCCCCAUAGUCACCUUAGAACUAAUCAAUCAAGUUGGGCAUGAAGGCGAGAGUUCAGAUGAGUGGAACCUUAAAAGCCCAGGUGAGGCAGAUUGGAGCCGGGACUAUUGGAGAGCACCAAGUCUAAGACUUCCGCCCCUGGAGAAGUUUGUUGAUCUCCCCUACCCGCCACCCUCGGAUCCGCCCAGCGCUAGUUGUGCGCAGUCUCCUGAAGCUGUUUGCCGUCUCUAUGGCAACCCGGUAGGUGGCGUCUGAAAAUGGAGACCACCGAGUCUACAGAGGGAUCUUUGUCGCGAUCUUGUGAUGUACAGCCCAGCUCUGAAAGACUAGAUACCACUUCAGAACCCGUUCCUUCUUCGAGUAGUAGUCCCAGGUCUACUGCCCCGCCUGCCAGGGCUCCUGAGCAGUAUUCUGUGCUGACAGAGCCCUCUUCUGACAGUCUUUACGAGGCACCCUGCCCUCCAUCCCAUCAUAGAGGCCAUGGGUUUGGCUUUCAGCCCUUCUAUGUUUCUUGUAUUCCUCAGGAUCCCUGUAAUAGGGCAGACCUCGGCUCAAGAGCUGAUCCUGCCUCUUCUUAUCCUUGUCAGAGCUCUGUUCAUGACUCUAGCUCUGGCACUUGUGGUCUUUGCCAGAGCUCUGAGCCUAGCCAGGGUUCCGGUCCCACCUCUGGGCCUGCUCCUGCCUCUGGACCUAGUCUUGUCUCUGGACCUGAUUCUGCCUCUGGAGCAGUUUCUUCUGCCUCCGGACCUGCUCUGACCUCUGGACCUGGUCCUGCUGACCCUGGACCGGGUCCUAAGGGCACCUGCAUUCCUCAAGGGUACAGAUGUGUCCCAGUAGAUCUGGUCCCUGAUUAUAGUGCAUGGUGUCAGCACUUACACUGGAAGCCACAACGCUCCUGGGAACCUCUACAAGUCUCAGAACCUGGAGUGAGAGGGCCACGUAAACCUCUAGAACCUGGAGCAUCCGGACCGUGUGAACCAUGUGAACCAUGCGAACCAUGUGAACCUUGUGAACCAUGUGAACCAUGUGAGCCUCCUGAGGUUGAAUCUGAGGAAAUUCUCUGUAAAACACGGCCACGUGGCCAGUGCCUCCUCUACAACUGGGAGGAAGAGAGAGCCACCAACCAGCUGGAUCAAAUCCCUCCAUUGCAAGAUGGCUCUGAGAGUUACUUCUUCCGACACGGACAUCAGGGUCUGCUGACCCUGCAGCCCCAGUCACCCAUGUCUUCUAGCACCACCCAGAGAGACUCAUACCAGCUCCCAAGACACGUCUGUCAGCCACUUCGAGGGAAGCGUGAAGCCAUGCUGGAGAUGCUCUUGCACCACCAGAUCUGUGAAGAGGUGCAGGCAGAGCAGGAACCUGCAAGGAAGCUCUUUGAGACCGAGUCGGUAACACACCAUGACUACAGAGUGGAGCUGGUACGAGCAGGGCCUCCUGCUCCAACAAAGGUGAGAACCCAGCCUGCCCUUCUUGUCCAGGAGUGGGACAGCAGCAAGCCCGGAAGUUUAGAGAGUGUCAAAGGCCAGGAGUUAGUUAACUCAGUACCUCCUCCCCCACAGCCUCAUGAUUACCACCAGGAGCAGCCUGAGACCUUCUGGAUUGAACAGGCAGCAAGGCUACCGGGUGUCAGUAACAUCAGGACACUGGACACACCAUUCCGGAAGAACUGCAGCUUCUCAACGCCAGUGCCCUUGUCACUGGGGCAGCCCUUGCCAUACGAGCUUGAGAGCGGCCCCCACCAAAUGGGGGUAAUGUCUUCCCUUGCCUGUCAGGGAGGAGGGCAGGGGUGUGGAAGGAAGAGAACAACUCCAAUCUAAGAAUCGCGGAGAGAAGCAGACAUGUGGGAUUUGAAAUCUGUUCCUGUUUAUACUACAGAGGUAGAUCGGAUGGAGUUGAUUCUCUGUCCUUGGUGAGGGGUUUUACAUAAAGCACUCUUAUCCCUAAGCUGCUGAUUCAUU